AUGUUUGUUCUUUUCUUCGAAUAUUGUGGCUUUACCUCCCCACCAAAACACCGAACCAAUCGACUUGGUCUAUUUCUCCAGCAGCUGACGAAUUCAUCUAAGAACAAGACUGGUCUCUAUGCUUUCGUUGUGUUAAUGGAAAGUCUUUCGAAUCUUGACGAGUACGAAUCAGCUCAGAAAUCACUAGCUUGCUAUUGUGAAUCAAGAGAAAUCCCUUAUUAUUUGAUCGUGAAUGAUGAGGAGAAUGUGAAAGGAUGUGCAAUGGAAGAUUAUAUGCAUCAGCGACAUUGUAUUCUGGCGAACUUCAUGAAUACGACGGAACAUGAAUGGUUUGUGAUGCUGGAUGCGGAUAUGGGCAUCAUCAACCCAAACCAAAAAAUCGACGAAUUCAUCCCAACAAACCCUUCAACCUUUCUGGUGUUAACGAAUCGGGUGAUGAACUCGGAGAUUAUGGCUGGAUCAUAUAUUGUUAGAAAUGAUCCACGUGGCCGGGAUUUCUUGAUGAUGUGGGCGAAAAGUGAAACAGAGUAUGGAGGAAGAUAUGGACGCGAUAAUGCGGCGAUUCAUAGUGGAAUUAUUCGCAAUUACUUCCCAGAACUUGAGGCAAAUCUGACAAAAUGCGAAUAUUGGUGGGAAUUAGCGAAAAGAGACUGCUGGCUUUAUCUUUACGAGGUUUGCGUCAGGGAUCUUCUUGACAACCGGAACAUUCCGGGGAUCAAGUUUUUGCGAAAAUCCUAUUCUUAUGUGCGAGAUGGAUGGUUGACUGAGGGAAAAUUCAGCCGAAACGAUUUCAUCUUUCAUAAUUGGAAGGAAAGCCAAAGGAGUCGACCUGGUGAGUUCGGUUGGUGGGAUUAUCAAUUCACCAAUGAAGCUUUUCACAAUCUCAGUCAUUGCGCUUUAAGAAAAGAGGCAGAACUUUGGCGGUAUAGACCAGGCUUCGAAAUCGAUGAGAAAGAAAUCAGAAAAUGGUUGGAUACUUGGGUAAUAAAGACGAAAAAUGAAGAAAUUUUGGAGAAACGCUUCUCGAGAAGAUUCGACGUGGAAAAAGUGCCGGAUUGCCACUGGACCAAGACCGGGCUUGUAUUUGACGAGGAAACUGAAGAGAUU